AUGUCGCUUGAGAAAGGCAAACAGAAAGAGAAUGUCGAUGUUAGCAGAAUCGACAGGGGAUUGAUGGAAAGCUACGCAGAACUCGGCAGACAGGCUAUCGGUCCCACACACACGGACCUCACCGCCGACAAGAACGGCGGGCCACUCAAAGAGAGUAGAAAUGUCACGCAGGAGGAAGAGAGAGAUGAUGCACUCGGACUGCGUCUCGAUCUCAACUUGGACCUCGAAAUUUACAUCAAUGAGUUGUCUGCUAAACUCCACGGAGACGUCGUUCUUACGCUUCUGACUAGCUAA